CCGCGCGCGGGUGCCUCCCCCUCCCCCGGCCGGGGUGGCUGGCCAGCCCAGAGUCGCUGGGCGCGCGGGGUCGCUUUGCCGCGCCUCGGCACGGCAGCCGAUGAAGGUGUGGAUAAUCUGGACUAAAUACAGUCUCCGAAGCCGUCCUAAUCUUUGAAAUCACUGGCUUUGAUGUGCUCAUUAUAAAUUAUAUUCCAAUACACAUGGAAUUAAAUGCCUCAUUAGCAGAAUGAGGAGUGUUCUGUGGGUCACGAGGAACAGCUCCGGGACCAUCAGGAAACCCGUAACGAAGCCCAGCCAGCGCUUAGCCGAGGGGACAGCCGGCGAGCAGUCUCCGUGAGCGGCCACAAGGGCUAGAGCCCAGAGAUGACAGUGCCCGGGGGAGAUGCGAGUCCCGCCCGCCCUCCGCUGACCUGGCGCUAAGGCCCACCCGCCACCCCAGGCCCAGCAUGCGCCUGUCGGUGCGGAGGGCGUUGCUGGCGGCCAGCUGCGCCCUGGCCCUGGUGCUGGCGGUCCAGGUGGGGCAGCAGGUGCUGGAGUGCCGCGCGGUGCUGGGGGGCCCCCGGGGGCCCCGGCGGGCCAUGCGGCCGGAGCAGGAGGACCUGGUGAUGGUGGGCGCGGACCGCGUGGAGUACCGCUACGGCAAGGCCAUGCCGCUCAUCUUCGUGGGCGGCGUGCCCCGCAGCGGCACCACGCUGAUGCGCGCCAUGCUGGACGCCCACCCCGAGGUGCGCUGCGGCGAGGAGACGCGCAUCAUCCCCCGCGUGCUGGCCAUGCGCCAGGCCUGGUCCAAGUCGGGCCGCGAGAAGCUGCGGCUGGACGAGGCGGGCGUGACGGACGAGGUGCUGGACGCCGCCAUGCAGGCCUUCAUCCUGGAGGUGAUCGCCAAGCACGGGGAGCCGGCGCGCGUGCUGUGCAACAAGGACCCCUUCACGCUCAAGUCCUCCGUCUACCUGUCGCACCUGUUCCCCAACUCCAAGUUCCUGCUGAUGGUGCGCGACGGCCGCGCGUCGGUGCACUCCAUGAUCACGCGCAAGGUCACGAUCGCCGGCUUCGACCUCAGCAGCUACCGCGACUGCCUCACCAAGUGGAACAAGGCCAUCGAGGUGAUGUACGCCCAGUGCAUGGAGGUGGGCAAGGACAAGUGCCUGCCCGUGUACUACGAGCAGCUGGUGCUGCACCCCAGGCGCUCCCUCAAGCUCAUCCUGGACUUCCUGGGCAUUGCCUGGAGCGACGCUGUUUUGCACCACGAGGACCUCAUUGGCAAGCCGGGCGGCGUGUCCCUGUCCAAGAUCGAGCGAUCCACAGACCAGGUCAUCAAGCCCGUGAACCUUGAAGCGCUCUCCAAGUGGACCGGCCACAUCCCUGGGGACGUGGUGAGGGACAUGGCCCAGAUCGCCCCCAUGCUGGCGCGGCUCGGCUAUGACCCCUACGCAAACCCACCCAACUACGGCAACCCCGACCCCAUCGUGGUCAACAACACCCACCGGGUCUUGAAAGGGGACUAUAAAACACCAGCCAAUCUGAAAGGAUAUUUUCAGAUCUCUGCAGAUUGUUGCCCAGAGGAGAAGACACCUUGCAUUCGAGUGGAAAUCGGACCUCUAAUCCAAGCAUAUUGCUUGCUCUUAAUCGCCCAAACAGGACUGCUAACGAGGAAUGUAUUUGCAUAUGUUUGCAAAAAAGCCGAAUCACCGAAAACUUAACCUGGAGACUCUCUACCUGUGGACACCCCCCCUCCCCCAGGGUGCAGAAGAACGAAGAAGAGUGUGGGAAGUAGGCUGGCUUUUGAAACUUCGGUAUUUUUUAUCUUGCCCCUCAAGAACUUUUUUUUAAAGAAAUGGAUUUGCCAUUUUUCUUAAUUUGCAGGACUGCCUUGGCGGCUUUGUUGGCGGGGACAAGGCCCACACCUGUGCCUCUCUCCUAUUGACUUACUUUUGAAUUCAAAGAAUCUAUUUAAGAAUUUAAUAUAUGAGGUUUUCUUUGAUUCCUCCUCAGUUCUUCUCAGAUUUCAGAGGAAAAAAAAAAAUUAUUUGAAUAAAGUGACCAGGGACUCA